AUGUCCCGCUUCGGUCGCCAAUUCAGUGUCCUGUCGUUGGAUGAGGAGGGUCAGGGUGCCUCUCAGUGUUUCCCUUUACAUCAGCGACCUGCACAGGAGGACCGACCCAAUCGCUUUGACGCCUGCCCUCCCGGUCCUCGAGGCUUUCGCUGGCUGGUGAAGGUACCGACAAAACCUCACUCCUUGGUAUUCAUAGUGGCUGACGGCGACAACGGUGACCCUAGAUGUAAGGCCGUCAGCCAUCGUGACACGGCAAUGCUGCUGGAUGAGGAGGGCACAACCCCUUGGGAUCUCCAGAGGGCCUCAGUGCUCUUCCGGAGUGAAAUGAGGAUGCACAGUCGUAUACGAUUCACAGUGUAUGAGGAUAUACUGUGGUCUGAGUGGAGGUUCAAGGAUAAGAGCCACCGAGUGUGGCUACGGCCCCGAGGAGUUCACUCUCCCACACAGGCCGCCUCGGCAGUAGAUGACGACUUCGCCCUAGCCCGUAACGGGACCACUGAGGUGAGCCGAACCAUGUCGAUGGCUGACCAAGGGGACCACCAGGUUGAGCUGAAUAGAGACAACGGCUGCCUGCUACUACAUAGCGGGAAGUACGAUGAUGCCUAUACCAGCAUGGGUACAUUUGAAACGGUUCGGGGUGGGCCCUUCAAUAGAGUGGUACUUCAACAGGUCAGGGACGGUAGUCUAGUACUCUUCGGUGAUGGCGCUUCUGAUGCCGGCCUCCGACCAUUCGUCGACUCAGUCCGCAUACAGCUAGACACUGGCAGGAAUGAGGUGGGAGGGGACAGCCAGCUGGUGCCCCCCCGUCGGGGAGACUACCUGGAACAGCCUAUCCGUCUGCUAGGGGACGACGGUCAACGCCUCUUAUUGGCGAGAGAGUCUAUAGCUCAGCCGCGAGAGAGGUUUUUGAGGAACAUGCUCAGUGGGGAAGAACAGUCAGUGACGGUUAAUAAGGACCCUAAGGCUAAGCAGGCCGCAUUGUUCGACAACUUGGCUGAGAAGAAGGUCCUCCAUUAUAAGCGUGAGGAUGGUGUCGACCUGACGGCCACUCUCUAUCUCCCCAAGAAGGCGGCUACGGAGGGACGUCCGCCCCCCUGCAUCGUCUGGGCCUAUCCAGAAUCGUACUCCUCGGGGAAGUCGGCAGGCCAGGUUAGAGUUUCCAAGUAUCAGUUCAAGCGGGCCACUUGGGCUAGACCCCUGAUGUGGAUUAGCAAGGGAUUUCUCACUGGAGAGGUACUGGACAACCCGUCUAUGCCCAUCAUAGGAGAUGGUGACACGGCCAACGACACUUUCAUACAACAACUCGUCAUGAACGGCGAGGCUGCGGUAUAUCGGUUGGUCCUCCCACUAUCGUCAGCCCAGGUCCUCAGGGUAGCAGUGGGGGGCCACUCGUACGGGGCCUUCAUGACUGCCCAUCUUCUCGCACACACACGGCCUGGCCUCUUCCGUGCCGGGAUUGGCAGGUCUGGGGCGUAUAAUAGGAGUCUUACGCCUUUCGGCUUCCAGAGGGAAGAAAGGAAUUACUGGGAUGCAACUGAGGUGUACCACACCAUGUCGCCGUUCACUUGGGCGGAUCGGAUAGCCGCCAAUAAGUGGGCCCCUCUGUUGUUGAUCCACGGCCAGAACGAUGCCAAUUCGGGAACUGCCCCGUUGCAGUCCGAGAGGCUCUUCGGGGCUAUCAAAGGCCUCGGUGGAGUGGCUAGGCUGUGUAUGCUGCCCAAGGAGGGACAUCACUACAAGACGAUAGAAGGCGUCAUGCAGGCUACAUGGGAGAUGGACCAAUGGCUCACACGUUAUGUGCUCGUCGCGGAGCCGCUACCUAGUGAGGAGACAGAGGCAACAAGCAGAGCCGUUGUUGAGCAGUCUAAGCUGUGA